GUUACCUGUUACCUAAAUGAGCAACACAAGCAUCUUCCGCCAUUGUUUGCACCUCCGCUUUGCUGUAUAGUGAUUACAAUCAUCCUCGAAAUCCGUCGAUGACUAGUAACGUGUGUUACAUAACUCCCUUAUCAUAACAUCGAUCCGAUUUGUCGAGACCAAAAACAUGAAGCCGGUAGAAAUGGCCGAUGUCUCCCGCGGUGUCUUCACCAAAGACAGUCUGCUCCUGCUCAAUAUCAGCAGGGCAGGUCCCCGCUAUGUGAGACAGCUCUUUGCCCGCAACAACACCAGUAUUCGGAGCAAGGGCGGUAUAAGCUUGCCUAACGAGAUAUGGUUCAUCAUCUUCGAGUUCACGCGUUCGGAUAUAGACGAUGAGUUCUGCCUGGUAAAGGUCAAUACUGUAUCGGCAUCGCCUGACACAGUGGUUCUUCGCUGUUAUCUACACGAGUUCGACUAUCCCGAAGACGAGGAGUUACAAGAUAGCCUCACAGACCGGCAGAAAGUGCUGGACUUCGAGCGUUAUCUAGCUUGUGCAACACCAUCUGUAGCCAAGGGUCUCAGAAACAAACCACCUGGGUUAUCCCGGCUCUCCGGUCCGCAAAAUACUUUCGAUGUUGUCCUAGAUGCCAGGUCAAAAACCUCCUGCCUCUAUAAAUGUAUUGACGUCCCCGAUAUUAUCAGCAAGAUUGAAGGCGGUUGGUGCCGGAUUUGCCGCAGCGAGAGGACCGUCUGUCCAGGAUGCACCGGAGGAGUUACCGAAAGGUUUGACGUUUUCAUGGGCUGUGGUGUGGAGCUUGCCUGUCCGCUCUGUAUGGGCACGGAAUUUUCCCUCGACCACAAAUAUUUUCUAGACACAUACUACCUAGUCACGCCACCUGAAUCGGAGGCGGAAGAGUGGAAGGACAACAUGCAUGAUCGACUGGAGGAACUGGGUUAUAUUGAUUCAGAUUUUAGCCAGACAAAGAGCCCUACCUCCGACUCACAAUAGUUCCGAUUUUUGGCUACGAAUAAAACGGCUGCACUACUUGUUCUAAUAAGUUUCUUGGAUACCAUCACCUGUUAUGUGGAUCUCCAGCUCCGCUCUUGCCUAGGGGGUUAUUCUGGAUAUCCUAUGCGUCGUCGAUACGUGUCGGGUGAAGUCAGUUAGUUUAGCUCUAGAUAGAUCACGCCCUUUUGGACAUUAACACGCUCAUUUAGUACUACCG